GGUUCGCGACAAGCGGGAGCACCACUCAGUGGCGCGAGCGCAUUAUCAUAAAUACUAAAGAAUACCAAGCCAGUCUGUUGCUGUAUGCCAUUGGAUAAACAUUCACCGCCUAUCCCCAAUGAUACGAAAGUGUGUGAUUACUUAUUAGUGUUUUAGUGCAGAAAGCAGACUCAGUACCAUGGAGCUUCAAAAUCACAAAGAGGAAAAUGGCAUAAGUUCAAAUCAAAAUGUUCCGAACCAAGAUCUCAUACAAAGAGUGACAGGAUCUUUCGGAAAAUAUCAGUUAUACUUAUGUUUAUUGAUAUUUUUAUCAAAGUUUCCGGUGGCUUUUCACCAAAUGGCCAUUAUAUUUCUAUCGCCAAAAGUAGAAUACGAUUGUGAGGGUUCUAGCAACAAUGCAACGUGUCCAUGUCCGAAUCCACAAUAUGAUACUUCGAUAUUUACAAACUCCAUUAUUAUGGAAUGGGAUUUGAUAUGUGACAGAAAAUGGUUAACGAGUUUUACGCAAACGUUGUUUCAACUAGGAACUUUAUUGGGCAGUGUACUGUUUGGAAUGGCUUCUGAUAGGUUUGGAAGAAAAAGACCUCUCUUACUAGCAGUUGUCAUUCAAGUCUCAAUGGGCAUUGUAGCCGCAUAUGUUCCAGAAUUUUGGACGUUUACGUUCGUUCGAUUUUUAGUAGGAAUGUCUGUUGGAGGAACAAUGGUCACCGGCUUUGUGAUGGUUAUGGAAUUUGUUGGGACAAAAUAUCGAGAUGUAAUUUCGGCUCUUUACCAAGUCCCUUUUAAUAUGGGUCACAUGUUGCUGCCAGUUUUUGGAUAUUUCUUCAGGGACUUCAAGGAGUUUCAAUUUGCAAUUUCUGUACCAGGGAUUAUUCUCCUUUCAUAUUUCUUUCUAAUACCCGAGACGCCUCGUUGGUUGGUAGCAGUAAAUAAAACGGAUGAAGCUAUUACAAUUUUGGAACGAGUAGCUAAAGUAAAUAAACGUCCGACUGAAAACAUAAGAAGGGAUGUGGAAUUAUAUCAAGAAUCAGUUCAAAAGAAUCAACUUAAGAAAGGAAAUAUAUUGGACCUUUUUCGAACACCGAAUCUGCGAAAAAACAUUUUGGCGAUGUCGUUCAACUGGUUGACUUGCAGUUACUGUUUCUAUGGAGUGUCACAAUACGUUGGUCAAUUAAGUGGUAACGUUUUUGUCAACGUGGCAGCCAGUGCCAGCGUUACUCUACUCGGGACCUUAGCUUCUAUACCAUUAAUGAAAGUAAUUGGUAGAAGAACUAUUUUGAUAGUGUUUAAUGCUAUAUGCGCUCUAUGUUUGUUAAUAUUAUGUGUUAUUCCAGAAGGCAUAGGUUCUGUUAUUUGCGCAAGUAUUGGAGUAGUAGCUAGCUUCAUUGUUUUCGUGUUGGUAUACUUAUAUUGUACAGAAUUAUUUCCAACAGUCGUACGUAACGCUGCUCUUGGGUUUUCUUCAAUGAUGGCGCGCGUAGGUUCGAUGCUAGCACCUUUUGUAAUAGAAUUGAGAGACGUGGCGCUUUGGAUGCCUCCACUAAUCUUUGCGAUAUUCCCACUUCUAGCAGCGUGUAUAACGUUUGUUCUCCCUGAAACUAAAGGUUGUGAGUUGAUGACUACAAUUGAAGAGGGAGAACAAUUUGGCAAAAAGAAAUCCACAACUAGUAAAACUUAAAAUAAUAUUAUGAAAAACUGUAACUUUUAAGUUAGAUGAUAAAUGUAAAUAGUAUUGUAGUAAAUGUUAAG